CAAAUUAUUUCCAGUGCCGUAACUUUCAGCGUCUCAAUUGAUUCCAGCCUUCCUCUAUAAACUCUCCAUCUCUCCCCUGUUCAACACUGAAGCAAAUCAGCAAUGGCCGAUCAUGCCGAAAUCCAGGUUCCGAGAGUGAAGCUGGGCGCCCAGGGCUUCGAGGUCUCCAAAUUAGGGUUUGGUUGCAUGGGUCUCACUGGGAUUUAUAACUCCCCUGUGAGCGAUGAAUCUGGCAUCGCCGUCAUUAAGCAUGCUUUCGACCAUGGAAUCACCUUCUUCGACACCUCCAAUGCCUACGGUCCUCGUACCAACGAGAUCUUGCUCGGGAAGGCUUUGAAGCAAUUGCCGCGAGAAAAGAUUCAAGUAGCCACAAAGUUUGGGAUUGUAUCCCAUGAUCAGAGAGGUUUUGUGGUCAAUGGCAAGCCUGAAUAUGUGCGGGCGUGCUGCGAGGAAAGUAUCGGGAGGCUUGGGGUGGACUAUAUUGAUCUUUACUACCAGCACCGAGUUGAUAAGACUGUGCCUAUAGAGGAGACUAUGGGAGAGCUUAAGAAGUUGGUGGAAGAUGGCAAAGUGAAGUACAUCGGUCUCUCAGAGGCUAGUCCAAGCACCAUCAGGCGUGCUCAUGCUGUGCAUCCUAUCACCGCACUGCAAAUGGAAUGGUCACUCUGGACUCGCGAAAUCGAGCCAGAGAUAGUCCCACUUUGCAGGGAACUUGGUAUUGGAAUAGUUCCUUACAGCCCUCUUGGUCGUGGGUUUUUUGCUGGCAGAGGAGUCACUGAAAAUUUGCCUUCUGAUUCACGUUUGCACAAUAUCCCAAGAUUUGCUGCUGAGAAUCUAGAAAAGAACAAAAUUUUGUACACGCGAGUAGAGAAUCUGGCAAGAAAACACCACUGCACUCCUGUUCAACUAGCUCUGGCUUGGGUUCUCCAUCAAGGAGACGAUGUGGUUCCUAUCCCAGGGACAACUAAGAUAAAGAACUUGGACGCGAACAUCGGGUCGUUGAAGGUGAAGCUGACUCCGGAGGAUUUGAAAGAAUUAUCAGAUGUAGUGAGCGAAGAAGAGGUUGCUGGUUAUAGAUCAUACAGUCUGUCUGAGCCGUACAACUGGAAGUAUUCUGAUACACCUCCCUUGCAAUUACAUGCCAACCCAUCCGCAUAGACUGUUCUUACUAUGUGUUAUCUUUUCUUCCAACUCUGCGAGUUAAAUAAUUAAUAGCAAUAGACUUAUUAUCCAAGCAGUUUGACUAAAGAGCUUGUAUGUUAUAUAGUCAAACUGUUAUCCAAGCAGUUUGACUAAAGAGCUUGUAUGUUAUAUAGUCAAACUGUUAUCCAAGCAGUUUGACUAAAGAGCUUGUAUGUUACAUAGUCUUGGACUUGUAAUGCUACUGAAUGUUUACAAAGUAUCCAGUGAUUUUAACUA